CCGAAGUCGGCUCGAAGACAGUACUGACCUUGCUAGCGUUAUAAGACCCUGAUGGAGAUCUUCGGCCAAGGAUAACAAUUUAUUUAUUAGGUAUCUGCUACCAACUAUCGGUCUGAAUUGAUCUGGAAAAACACAACAUUUACCCCCAAUCCGAAUUGAUUUUUACAAAAUUGUUCAUCAACUUCUGGAUUUAUAUAAUAGGGAUACCUAGGCACAACCUCAAAACUCUAUCAAAGUCCAAUACUCCAUAAUCAAAAUGUUGCGCUGGUACCAAAUGAAGUUGGCAGCUCGCCCUGUCCUUACUCAAAGUGUGACAUCGGCAGUCCUCUUUGCAACUGGAGAUGUAUUGGCACAACAAUUAGUUGAAAAGAAGGGUGUCAAAGACCAUGAAAUCGCCCGUACAGGUCGCAUGGCACUUUACGGUGGUGCUAUCUUUGGUCCGAUCGCUACCAACUGGUUCAAAUUCCUCCAAAACCAUGUUGUUUUGAAGAACAAGAACCUCGAAAUGGCAGCUCGAGUCGCAGCCGAUCAAUGUAUCGUUGCCCCUCUCAACCUGGGCUUGUUCCUUACCACCAUGUCCGUCCUCGAAGGAACCGAUCCAAAGAAGAAGAUCGAAGCCAACUACUCUACCGCCCUCCAAAAGAAUUAUAUGAUCUGGCCUGCUGUUCAAGCUGUCAACUUCAAACUUGUUCCUCUUGAGCACCGAGUCUUGGUUGUCAACAUCGUCUCCUUGGGCUGGAACUGCUACCUCAGUUACUUGAACGGUCGCAGUACGGAAGUCACAGUUGAGAAAGUGGUAGAGAAGGUCAAAGAACUUUAGAAAAUGUACAUCAUGGUCACAAAUCGGGAUUCGUUACACACUCUGCCAAUGGCGAUUUGAUGGAUUUCACAAGAUCUCGACUGGAUAGACUUUUAAAAGUACUGCAUCAUAUCAUAGCGAGGCGUUUAGGAUUGGCUUCAGUUGUAUUACGAACAUAGAAGUCUAGAUCAUAUAUAAAACAAUGAAUGCAUUUGGGAAGGGGUCA